GCCACCUGUCAAAGUCCAUCAGUGCCAGCUGUCAGUGCCAAUCAGUGCCAGUGCCAAUCAGUGGCACAUAUCAGUGCCUGUCAGUGCUACCUGUCAGUGCUGCCAAUCAUUGCCGCCUAUCAGUGCCAGUCAGUGCCGCCUAACAGUGCCAGUCAGUGCCGCCUAACAGUGCCAUAUAUCAGUGCUGCCUUUCAGUGCCCAUCAGUGAUGCCUGUCAAUUCCCAUCAGUGCCUCCUCAUCAGUGCCACUUAUCAGUGUCCAUCAGUGCAGCCUAUCAGUGCACAUCACUGCAGCCUCAUUAGCGCACAUCAGCGAAGGAGAAAAAUCACUUUACAAAAUUCUAUA